CCAUUCAUAACAGACAUGGGAAGCCAUGCAAGAUCUGAUCCCCGGGUGCCAUUCAUACUAUCAAACUACAACACGGCCGAUCCGUGGACCGGAGAUUAUCGAUUAUCCCUGACAGUGUCCUCUUCUUCGCCCGUCGGCAUAGUGUUCUUCUUGGGAAAAGUGAGGGCCCACUGCUGUUGUUUCCUGCAGCAACCGAGUUGGUUCAGCGACUGGAUUCUGUCGGGUCCGUCAAGUUGGGCUGCCCCUAUGACGUGGAGAACGACGAUAAUUGGUGGAUUCUUCUAAGCAAGGGUGCUUUAUACCUAGCGGAAAUGGAUGCUGAUAUUAUUCUGUACUACUCGUGUAAUGCACUCGUCAUUAUGCGCCGACAGCGGAAUGUGUCUGGGCCAGAUCAUCUCUUUGUCGACGUCAAGGCUAAUUUCCGACGCGGAUCUCUCAAGGAGCAAUUCUUCAGCACCAGUCGCGCAGGUCUUCAACGUGCUGGCACACUCUUUCCGGAACCAGAUGGUGGAUACCAGCCGUUCGUGCAUCUGCAUGACGUGUACUUGGCUUCUGCUAUCGUCACCGCGCUGGCUACUACGGAAUCGGCAGAGUUCCCAUCACUAGAGUCGUUUCGCAAUCGACGACGCGUGCAACCGCUAGUGAAAGCAUCUGCUGUGUAUGACAUGCAUGGGCGAGAGUGGGGUCGGGAUAUGCCUCUGUCUGCAGCGUCUCGCAGCAAGGCUCUCUUGCACGCGACGGCCAUUUUUAAUAAACUGCACGGAUGCGCCGUCGAGGCGAACAUCUAUCUGGGGGGUCGCCCUAUGCGCGGCAAGUUCCUAUCUCUGACCCCGGCUCUCCAGGGACAGGAUAUCAUCGUCGACUCUGUCCUUCAAGGUAGGGACCCGAACUGGGACUUGGACAUGUAUCGGGUUCGUGUUCGUGGACAGUGCAAGAGGAAGUUUAUUCUCAAGAUCUUCCCGUUCGGUACGUUUGGCGAGGUCGAGUUUCGUGCAUACGUGGCUUUGAGGGAGUUGCAGGGGAGUGUUGUACCGGUGUGUUGUGGGUUUGGGUAUGUGGCGGUGGAGGGGGAGGAUGAUAACGAACGUCCUUGGAUUUUGGUGGAGUACGUUGAAGGUCGGAAGGUACCCUCCGAGUCCUUGAGCCAUGCUCACCGGUAUAACCUCCGAGUCCAAUUUCGACAAUAUCAUGUUCUGACUGACUGACUUGUAGAGGGAAAAUCAUGCAUGCGGUCAAGGCGUUGCAUCAGCUGGGUUAUACGCAUGGGGAUUUCUUGAACAAUAUCUUUUGGACCGUCGAUGAGGACCCGGUUGUUGUUGGUUUGGGAGGUGUGAGGACACAUCUGCGUCGGGGGGAUACGUGUCCGGAGAUUGAGGAUGUGCGAGUGCGUCUUGGUUUGACAAGGAGGGACGCAGAAUUGUGGUCUCUUGUUGUGAGGCUGAAGAGACCGGAGUGCUUAUAGGAUGCACAAUAUUUAUUGUCUAAGAGCGCGUAUGAUAAUUUUUUUUCUCGUCGCGUACUUGUGGUAAUAAAUCUAUCGUAAACAAUCACUUAGCUUCUAGGAGCUGCGUCUCUGGAUCUAUG